CCCUACAUCUAGAUAGGCGAUUUGUACUGCAUUGAAUUCCAUUUAUCCACGUCUGGUGCUGAGACUGAGAGAGAGAGAGUAUUACAAUAAGAAAGAAGAGUAAGAAGAACAGAGCAGCGAUGAGAAUCCUCUCUUCAUCUCUAUUUCUUUUGCUAAAUUUAGCGUUAGCGGUGGCUUCCCUAUCGGACCAAACCUCCGCCAGAUUUAGCAGAGAUGAUUUCCCAUCUCACUUUGUUUUCGGUGCUGGAACAUCUGCUUAUCAGGUUGAAGGCGCCGCACUUGAGGAGGGAAGAACUCCGAGCAUUUGGGAUACAUUCGCACACUCUGGGAAGAUGAAGGACAAAAACAAUGGGGAUAUAGCUUGUGAUGGUUACCACAAAUACAAGGAAGAUGUCCAACUCAUGGUAGAUACUGGCUUGGAUGCUUAUAGGUUCUCCAUCUCAUGGUCAAGGCUUAUUCCAAAUGGAAGAGGAAUUGUCAAUCCAAGGGGUUUACAAUAUUACAACAGUCUCAUAAAUGAACUUAUCAGAAACGGAAUUCAGCCACAUGUUACACUGUUCCAUUAUGAUCUCCCUCAGACGCUUGAAGAUGAGUAUGGUGGAUGGCUUAGCCAAAAGAUUGUGAAUGACUUCACUGCUUAUGCAGAUGUGUGCUUCAGAGAGUUUGGCGAUAGAGUGUCUCAUUGGACUACUUUGAAUGAGCCCAAUGUCUUUGUCUUGGGAGGUUAUGACAUUGGAAUGUUUGCACCUGGGCGUUGUUCUUCACCUUUUGGAUUUAACUGCACAAUUGGCAAUUCAACUACAGAGCCAUACAUUGUUACACAUAACAUCUUGCUUGCACAUGCAUCAGCUGCAAGAUUAUAUAAAGAUAAGUAUCAGGGCAAGCAACAUGGACUUAUAGGCUUGAAUGUCUUUGUUUACUGGUUUAUUCCUUUUACAAACACAACUGAAGAUAAAGCUGCAACCCAAAGGGCUAAUGACUUCUAUGUUGGGUGGUACAUUGACCCCUUAUUUUUUGGAGACUACCCAGCAACCGUGAAGAAGAUUGCUGGCUCGAGGAUCCCUUCUUUCACUCCAAAUCAAUCGAAACAAAUUAAGGGAUCAUAUGACUUCAUUGGACUGAAUCACUACAACACAUUGUAUGUCAAGGAUGACUCAGAAAGCUUCAAUGUUGAUCAAAGAGAUGUUAUAAAAGACAUGGCCGUGAAGCUUAAAGCUAACUUUGAUGGAGUUCCCCCGGGCGAGUUCCCCAUUGAUCCAUCCGGUCUACAAGGUGUGCUGGAGUAUUUCAAGCAAGUUUAUGACAACCCUCCUAUCUACAUUCAUGAAAAUGGUCAAAGGACGUUUCAUAAUGCAUCAUUGAAUGAUACAUCAAGGGUGAAAUACUUGGACAGUUUCCUUGGCUGUUUGCUACAGGCAGUGAGAGAUGGAUCAAAUACCAGGGGAUACUUUGUGUGGUCUUUCUUGGACUUAUUUGAACUGAUGGACGGCUAUGAGUCGAGCUAUGGCCUCUAUUAUGUGAAUCUGAAAGAUCAAGAUUUGAAGAGAUAUCCUAAGCUCUCUGCACACUGGUACUCCAAUUUUCUCAAGGGAAGAAGCAUCAAUACUAAUAGGAUUGUUGAGCUAGAUGGCAAUUACUCCUCUUCUCAAUCUCCAACUCCCCAUAUUUCUCAGUAAUUAGGCUCUUAAUUCUUGGGGUAGGUAACUGAAAAGAAAAGAAACUAGGGAGUUUUAUGUGGCCUAUUUGUUAGGGCAAUAGUGCAAAGCCAAAUAAGUUAUACGGUUUGAUUAUUUGAACAAGCUCAUCAGCAACACCUUUUCAAAUUUUAAUUCUGACGAUUAUGAGGAUCUCUCUCUCUCUCGUUUGUGGGGAAGAAACAAAAUGAAGUUUACACACUUUCAAGUGCUUUCCCAAUGUACCUAGGCGUUUAUUUGGGGCUUCUUUUAAGUGUCUAUUUUGUCAAUGAUUCCAAUUUGGAGUUAAG